AGAUAUUGCACUUGCAUGUGUGUGCAACGUAUAUUAUAUAUUUAUACCCCUCUCAUUUUAACAUGUUUGUGCAUUUUGCAGCCCCCAAAGAUUGGCGCCGUAGUUUCCCCCCACCAGGACUCCACCUUCCUGUACACAGACCCCAUGAGGCUGGUGGGAUUCUGGAUCGCUCUGGAGGACUGCACCACCACUAACGGGUGUUUAUGGUUCAUCCCCAAGUCUCACACAGAUGGCAUUACCAGAAGAAUGGUGAGGAACCCAGAAGGAUCGGACCCGCCCACUAUCUUCAGAGGGGAGGACAGGGCGUACAGGGAUGAAGAAUUCAUACCUGGGGAGGUAAAAAAAGGUGCCCUAGUGCUGAUUCAUGGUGAGGUGGUUCACAAGAGCGAGGCAAACAGGUCCGACAAGUCUCGCCACAUCUACACCUUCCACAUGUUCGAACAGGAGAGCAAGUGGAGCAAGGAGAACUGGCAGCAGCCUACAGAGGAGCACCCCUUCCCCAGCCUCUACACCUUCCAGUAGACUUCCCAUGUCUCCUGCCUGUCUGAUUCUAAUGCCAAAUAUGUGACCAUUUUCCCUUGUAAUGUAUCAUACAAUUCAUCCUAUAGGCUACAAUGUUUUACAAAUGAAUCAUUCUCAUUCAAAUGUCAUCACAGUAUUAUUAGAGUCCUAAUUCAUUUGGAUCCAAAGAUGACUAUAAGUAUUUGUUAAGCAAAUGAGUUAGCUUUAGAAUUAGUGAUUUAAAAAGAAUGCUACUGCCAAUAGGGCAUACAGUACAGUGACAGAUGGUUGAUACAUUUAAACACAACCUGUGUGGGUUCUGCUUGGUUAUGGCCAUUGAGCAUGAAAUCUACUUUCAGACCAUUAUAUAUGUCUUCAACCCACUUUACCAACAUAAUGUGGAUUGUAAAGUUAUCACAAAUGAAGAUAUAGAAUUCAUAACAAAAUGAUAAUUUAUUUUCUCAACUCAAAAAUAUUUUAAGAUGAUACUGCCAGGAUAUAGAAUAAAGAUGGAAAAUAUUUUUACUGAAUGUACUUUUCUGUCUAAAAACAGGGUGACAAAUUUUAUGACCACAUCCUGGUAUUCAAACUACUCCAACUACGGGUGUAUUGGUACUUCUAUGUAAUAUCACAGUAAUAAUGUAAUGACUUAUGUUUUGACAACAUACAUGUAGCUGUUUUUAAAAAUUCUCUUCCAUGUUGUAAUGGUAUCUCAAACAUCAAUGUUUUGUAUAAAUUUUAAAGUACAACUGUUGGGUAUUUGAAAUGUGCUAUGCAGUAGAUCGUAUGAUGACAAUGUCCAUAUGCAUAUGUCUUUUCAUUGUGGUAAAACUGACUUCAUUCAAAUACUGUGAUUCAGUACAGUAUAUAUCUAUUAUAUACAAUGAUAUCCUUUACAGUUAA